AUGGAGUUGCCAUUUGUCUACAUGGAUCCAUUCGAGAAAAAUGUUGACAUAGCAAAUGCGGCACCGUUCAUUACCCAGGCUCGUCAUAUAAUCGCGAGUGAUGCUGUUUCGAAUGGUCUUAAGCAGGAAAUCUUAGAAAAUGCCAUGGAACUAAUCACUGGCGUUAAGAGAUAUUAUCAAACCAGAGAGAAGGAAGAACGCUUGUUAAAAAAAGAUGCAGAACUCGACGAGAAGCUAUAUGGAGUCCAACAGGAGCUUGCAACAAAGGAACGUUCAAACAUCGAGCUGCGAGCGUCUAUUGAAGAGCAGAAGUACAAUAUCAGAGUGUCGGAUAUGGAAUUGCGAAGGUUGCAAAAUACCUUUUUUUGA